AUGAGCGCGAUUGCUCCGACUGCCCAUGGCAUGGCCGUGCCGGAUACACUGCAUGCCGUGUCUGUCCAGAUCCCCACGUGGCAAGAGAUUUGUGCAAUUGCCCUUGGGGACCUCAAGGCUAUCAAGGCCUUGAAGAAUGGAUACCCCAGGUCCUAUGUGCACAAGAGCAUCCAAGUGCUCGUCGAAGCCUGCGAGAGGGAGUUCUUUCUUGCAGGCGAAAAACCCAUGCUCUUCUCCAACCCCGACGCUGCUCGCGCGUGCAAGGCAUACAUGAGCUCGACCGCCAUCCAUGGCUCCAAAGCCGCCUCCUCGGACGGCAUCUCGCUGCGCAACAUCGAGUUCGGCACGAAAUCAAGUCCCGAGCUCGCUUUACACCUGCCCCCUUUGUAUGCGGUAGUAUACCCGCCCGAAUGGGCUGGACUGGCCACGCUGUUCUGGCGGUUGACCGGCACGGGGAUUUCUUCGCGCAUGGCCGGCCGUUGUCUGCAGGCGCUCGACCGGAUGUGCCAGGUGGAUGUGCCCACACAACUCCCUCCCUCGGUGUUGCACCCCGCCUAUGAAACGAUUCGCACUCGCAUCGCGAAUCUUAUUGAGCGCGCUCCCGUUGAUCCCCCGCGCCCAUCCAAGGUCUCUCCCAACGAUGUCUUCCUCUACCCUUCUGGCAUGUCGGCCAUCUACCACACCCACCAUCUGCUGCUGAACUGGCGCGGCGCCGAAAGCGUGGUCGUCGGGUUUACUUACGAGCUCACAAUCAAGAUCAUGGAGGCCUUUGGCCCGUCGUAUAAGUUCUACGGUGCCGGCACUGAAGCUGAAAUCGACGAGUUCGAGCGCGCCCUGGAGGCCAAACACCGCCAAGGAGUCAAGAUUCAAGCGGUGUGGUGCGAGUGUCCAUCGAAUCCUCUCCUUCGGACCGUUAAUAUGAAGCGAUUGAGGGGCCUGGCCGACAAGUAUGACUUUAUCGUCAUCGUGGACGACACUAUCGGCAGCUUCGCCAAUGUGGAUGUUCUCGGAAUUGCAGAUAUUGUGAUCACAUCGCUGACCAAAUCCUUCAAUGGGUUCGCGGAUGUGCUUGCUGGCAGCACGAUCCUGAACCCGAACUCCCGGUAUUACUGCGAGCUCCAACCGCUCCUCAGCGCGUCAUACAAAAACAACUUGCACGUCGACGACGCAAUCCAGCUCGAGGCCAACAGCCGCGACUUCAUGCAGCGAGCAGCCCAACUGAACGAGACAGCCAACUACCUAGUCGACCGCAUUCACCCCUACGCCGCGGAUCCAAGAAGCGUCGUCAGCAAAGUCUACUACCCGAAAUUGUGCUGGUCCACAGAAAACUACCACGCGCGUAUGCGGCCCGCGACCGAGGAGUUCACGCCAGGGUACGGGGGCCUGUUCACGAUCGAGUUCGUAACGGUACAAGCGGCGAUGGAGUUUUUGAAUUCGCUGCAGCUCCACAAGGGCCCGUCCAUUGGGGCCAAUAUUACGCUGGCUCUUCCGUACGUGCAGAUGGUCUUUCAGAAAGAGAAGGACUGGGCCGCGCGCCAUGGAGUCAAGGAGACGAUCGUGCGGAUCUCGGUGGGUCUGGAGGACAAGGAGGUGCUGUUGGGAUGUCUGCUGCGGGCAUUGCAGAUUGCAGACCAGGGCAAGAGCCACAUUUGA